AUGCCUAAAAUUAAGUCAAUUCAAUUUGAACAUUAUGACACUAAUUCAUUUCGACUUAACCUUUAUGAAACAUGCGCUACACUUGAAAAAAGUAAAAAAAAGAAUAUAAGGGUGGGACAUGUUGCUCUCCGAGAAGAGAUUAAUUCGGAAAAUGUUACCCGUCGAGAAAAAUUAGAUGCACAAAAAAUUGCCCUUGAAAAUGAAAAAAAUCAUCUUAAAAAAGUUGCCGAUUCUCUUAGCCAAGAGUGUUGUCUUCUCUCUUUAGAAAUCUUUUCUCUUAAAAAUGAAAACACAUUUCUUCAAUCUCCUAAAUCACCAAUUACACCUUAUCCUAAAGACUUUUCCAUCGGGAAAAGUUCUAUUCAUUAG